AUGGUUACCACGUCUGCCUCUCCGUCUCCCGGUAAUGACUUCUUUCCGCAGGGUCCGUGCAUGCGCCAGCCCUCGCUAUCGUUCCUGUAUCGGCUUGAAUGCGACAUUGCCAAAGAGGAGAUCAAUAUCGGCGCACCCCACAAUGCAGGCAUCAUUCGUAGUAUUGCCAACAUUGUCCGCGGCAGCCUGAAAGGACCCGGCAUUGAGGGUGAUGUGCUUCCGCUAGGUGGAGCCGACUGGGCAACCGUGGUGAAAGGAACACAUUCCAUGACUCUCGACGCCCGCUACACCGUCCGCACAAUUGACAACCAUCACCUCCAUAUUCGCGCACACGGGCUCUACCGGCCCGGUCCAGGCACGGACUACGCAUCACAGGUGGAAGCCAACCCAGAAAUGGUUCCACCGGCGAUAGUAUCACAAAACGACGUCGAGUUCUUCUCGCAUCUACGGAUUGAGGCGGGGCCUGGGCCGUACAACUGGCUUAAUGGAUUGGUGUGCCUUGGAGUAAUGACAUGCGAGGGAGAGAAGAUCUGGAUUGAUGCGUAUCAUUUGACCAAUUUCCCAGGCGUUCGGCCGGAAGAUGUGGUGGCGCGGGCAAAUACCCAUGCACCAAUCCCCAGUAGCAACACGAACUGGAGAGAUCUCGUGGCGCAGAAGCAGCGCGAAUGCCGCGAGAAGAUCCCAAGCGAAUGGAUUGUCGAUGAAAAACUCCUAGCGCAGGUACCGCGCCGGCUACUGGAGUAUAACCUCCCGCGCCAUAGCGGACUUCUAUCUGAGACCGAGCUGGAUUUGACGGAGAAGUAUACCGCCAGCCAGCUGCUCCCGAAAUUGGCCUCGGGGCAGGUAAGUUCGCUAGCUGUUACGACGGCGUUUUGUAAGCGGGCGGCUAUUGCGCAGCAGGUGACAUUCUGCUUGACGGAGACUUUCUUCCCGCAGGCGCUAGAACGGGCUCAAUUCUUAGAUGAAUAUCUACGUAAGGAGGGAAAGCCCGUUGGCCCUCUUCAUGGCCUACCGAUCAGUCUCAAAGACAGUUUCUGUGUUCAGGGCACGCAAGCCACGGUAGGAUACGUGUCGUUCUUGAAACAUGCACCUGCGGCGUCCGACUCGGCACUCGUCAGCAUGCUGCUCAAGCUGGGCGCCGUCUUAUAUGUUAAGACCAAUAUCCCGCAGACCAUGAUGACCGGAGACUCAGAUAAUAAUAUCUUCGGCCGUACCCUAAACCCGCAUAACACCUCCCUCACAGCCGGAGGCUCCAGCGGCGGCGAGGGCUCACUGGCUGCAUUCCGCGGAUCAAUCCUAGGCGUGGGCACUGACAUCGCGGGCUCAAUCCGUAUCCCUGCUCUUUGCUGCGGCGUAUACGGAUUCAAGCCAACGGUAGAUCGCAUUCCCUUUGGCGGACAGGUUUCUGGUGCCAUGGAGGGAAUGCCUGGCCUCAAGCCUUCCGCGGGACCAUUGGCACAUAGCAUCGCAGAUCUGCAACUGCUGAUGCAAAGCGUCGUAGGAGACGGAAAUGCGUGGGAGUUCGACUCCACGGCUGUCGGGGCGCCGUGGAAGCAGUAUUUGCACCAGAAUGAGCGAAACGGAAGUCUGAAUAUCGGGGUAUUGGCUGAGGAUAAGCAUUUCCCGCUCCAUCCUCCCAUCAAACGAGCACUCAACCUUGCAAUCGAGCGCCUAGCACGCGCAGGCCACCGCAUCAUCCACUUCGAAGACCCUAGCAACGAAUGCCUGUCCGUGGCGUAUGCAUCCCGCCUGGCAUUUCAGUACUUCACCUAUGGUCCGCACGAAGACCACAUCGGAGCCAUCGGCGAGCCCCUCGUGAACUCGGUAGCCAAGUUCGCGUCGCCGAUGUUCUCAGGUCCUUGGCCCGUUGAGCAAGGCCUGGAGCCAUUCCAGACGAUCCAGGCGCUACACGUUGCCAGACAGCGAGUGAACGAUGAAUGGCGUCAAGUAUGGGUUGAUCAGAAGCUGGAUGUGAUUUUGGCGCCUGGGGCGCAGAACACGGCUGUUGCGUAUGAUACCUUUGGGUGGCCACCGUAUACGGUUAUGUGGAAUCUGCUUGAUUAUCCUGCCUGUAUCAUUCCGUUUGGCAAGGCAUCGAAGGAGCUCGAUCCCGAAGACAUGAAAACAGGAGAUGAUGUGCAGCCAGACUAUCACCCAGACGAAGUAGACGGAGCACCCUGCGCAGUGCAAGUCGUUGCGCCGCGGUUCCAGGACGAACGUUGCCUAUGGGCGGCGGCGAUCAUUGAUCACGCAAUUCAAGAGUCUGAGUGA